AUUCUCCCGGAUUCCCUUCGAAUAAUCACUUCUUCUCGAUGACAGCAUUCGCGAUUAAACAAAUGUGGGGCUGCCCGAUAUUUCUCACCUUCACCCUUGACGACACAUAUGUAUUAAAUCCGAAAUGUCAACAUCAGGAGAUAAAGAAAUGUAUUCUUAUCUAAAUACAAUGUGCAACGCGAUAAGGGGAUUCCUUAACGGAACUUGCUUCGUAUGAAUCAUUUGUAAUAGUGAUAAUCACUGGGAUAAUGCAAGGUGGAUGGUGGUCUUGUGAUAAUCUAUUUUUAUUGUAAAUUGCAACACCAGACAGCAACAAUGGGGUCUAUCGCUUUGGAAGAGUACGAACUCAUGAAGGACUCUAAAUAUAGAGUUUACGUGUCUGCAGUGGAUAAAGCUCUGAAGAGUUUUGAAUAUACAAGCGAAUGGGCAGACUUGAUCUCAGCACUUGGAAAGUUAAACAAAGUGUUGCAUAGCCAUACCAAGUUUCCAGUUAUACCUAGGAGAAUUAAAAUAUCCAAGAGAUUAGCCCAAUGUAUGCAUCCUGCUUUGCCCUCUGGUGUUCAUUUAAAAGCUCUAGAAACAUAUGACAUUAUUUUCAAAUGUAUGGGCACUAACAGACUGAGUCACGAGCUCUUCAUAUAUAGCGCCGGUUUAUUCCCACUGUUAGGUCAUGCUGCUAUGAAUGUGAGACCAUCCUUGUUGACGGUAUACGAAACACAUUUUGUGCCUCUUGGAGAGAGAUUACGGCCUGGCUUAAGUGGAUUUUUAAGCGGUGUUCUUCUUGGUCUUGAGGAUGGUUCUGACCACUUUGAUAGAACAAACUCCUUACUUGAAAAGGUAUGCGAAGGAGUAGGUCCAGAACAUUUCUAUGCAUGUCUAUGGGACUGUUUAGCUUCUAAUUCUGGAAUUCGACUCCCUGCUAUAUCGUUUGUGUUAGUACAUUUCAAUAAAAAGCUGCCAAUGGAAGAACAAAAGUACAUAAUGGGCACAAAUACCAACAUUAUGGUUACCGCUUUGUGUGCCGGCGUACAAGAUAGUUCAGUGUUGGUACAAAGAAGCGCUUUAGACUUACUAUUAGUUGGUUUCCCUGUACAUAAUAGUCAAUUAACACACGAACAGAUGGUAUUGCUAGUCACGGCUGCUCUCGUCACUAUACUAAGAAGGGACAUGAGUUUGAAUAGGCGAUUGUUUGCUUGGCUUUUGGGUACUGAAGUAAGCACAUCUAUUUUAAAGAGAAAGACGGUUGCUACAGUCUCAGAAACCAUGGAAAAUGUACCCACUUAUUUUGAUUUGUAUUCAAAAGAAAUGUUAGUCGAGGCGAUAAAAGCGUUAUUAAAAUCUGUCUGCGACGAGAGUCCUCAAGAUUUGAAACCAUACAGAAUAUUGGUCUCUUUGUUGGAGAAGGCAGAUAUCGGUCCAGUAAUUCUGGAUGACAUUUUGUUUGAAGUUUUUAGGACAUUUUAUAAUGCUUGUGGACAGUCGAGCAAAGUAUCAAAAACGAACGAAGUAGUGAAAUUAGCUAACCUGUUAUUUUCAACAUUGGAACCAUCUUACGUUUGGAUACAUUGCGGACACUUGUUCGAACACGCUUGUCAAGCUAGAGCAAGAUCUAAACGCGAAGUAGAAGACGUUGUUGUAAGGCCUGUGGGUAGCGGAAUGCCGAAUUUCAUGGAAAUAUGUAUAUUAACGGAAUUCCUACUCGAGACGGUGUCGUUGGACGCAUUUAUAGACACUCCCUCUGAGCACUUACCUGGCCUUUUUUAUGAAAUCAUCAGUAAACUUAUGUAUCACAUCGAUCUUUUGUCUCCUAUGGAGAUUUCGAGGAGUCUUAGAUUGUGCGCCAAGAUUUUAUCGAAAGUUCAACCAACGGUUGUAUCGACUCACGCGGAGAAAAACGAGUUAGAUAUAAAAUUAGACGUAACAGUGAAUGGUAAUACUACCGUAGCUCUCAGUGACAACUCCUUGACCGCAAUACCAUUAGAAAAAAGUCAGUCGGAUAGCAAACUAAAUAAACCGGACACAUCCAGCGGUUCGUUUUCUGAAAAGAGUCCAAGUCCUCGGAGAAGGGCGAACUCGGGUGGUGCCGCUAAAAGAUCUGACAAAAAAUCGAAGAAGAAAUCCAGCAAAAGUACCUCGAAAUUGAGCGAAUCUAUGCAAGAUAACAGCAGCAACGUUUCAGUGGUGGUGAGCGAAGACACUAAAAGCUUACCGAGAAAUAAAAGUAUGGACGACAUAAAGACUAGAUACAUAGAAGCGAACAAUAUUAGUUCUCCAUCCAAGGAUCAGUUGACCACGCUAAAACAAUCAAGUAAACAUAGCGGUAUGGGUUCUACAGGAUCCUUAGGUAGAGGUCCAUCUCCAGCGUUCCAAGCGCAACACACGAUGUUGGAAAAAUGCUUAAGACAGUAUGAGAAUUUUUAUGUUAAACUAAUUAGUAAUAGAGUGCUGAGCAAAGAAAGAAAGGUACAGGACAUGUAUGACAAUUUACUGAUACCACUACCGAGGGAGAGUGUCGACGAAAGAAUGCGUUAUUUAGAGCUUUUGUUGAACUCUAGAUUAUCUAUGGAGGAUUCUGGGUUCUUCGGCCAAGACGUGUCCGUUUCAGAAGAUUCCAAGCGUUUAGAUAUUCUUCAUUUAUAUAUCGAUUCAGUUUCGCAAACAGAAUGGGAAGAAGCUGUACGAAUCGCGUCAAGUUUAUUCGUCGAACUAUCCACCUUUCCCAAAUACUUUCAUUCUGGCGAUGGUUUGUUGGUAGAGGAAGAGCCAAAAGAAAACAUCGUUUUGCCGGAUUGGUUGAAAGUGUUGGUUGUCUGUAGCUGUUGGUUAGGAAAGCAACCUGCUUUACAAUUGACUAGUAUCGCUACGUUACUGGAUUUAAUAGCUUUAUUGAAAGCUCACAACGACACCGAAACUCACCCGAAAAGCGGGGAAGGAAUAACAGCUGUAAUUAUGGUGCCUUUAUUGAAGCAAUGGCAUAUAACCUAUUUAAUGCAAUAUACCAAUGUGUUUCAGGUACUGGCACAUUCUUUGUGGCACCAUCUCGGUGAAUUGCCCGCUCACAAAUACAGAAUGCGAUGCGUCGAACUACUACACGAGUUGCAUCACGCUUUAUACAACUCUUGCGAUGCUGUCGAGGAUGUAGUAGGGGCAGCGCUCACUACGGAAAACAUAGAAAAGAGGAUAGAAUCCUUUAACAGAUUUGCCACUUUGUGGCAUCUUGGUCGAGAAAUUGAAACAAACCCCAGGCUACGAGGUUGCAUGAAAUCGUUUGACCAGUCGUUGUUAAAAAUACUAGAUAAUCUACAGCUCCCUGAUAAUUCUCCUUUGAAGCUCCAUGCCCAAUCGUGGCUUCUACAUUCUUUAAUGCGAGGUGACAUUUCACGAAUAGUGGAUCCGUUACUAAUAAUACUUCUAGAUCCAUCUACUUGCCGCAUGAGCGUGCUCCAUGUCAGUAUACAACAUAGUAAUACCGUUCUGACAAAGAACGAUCCCGUGGAGGAGAAAUCCGAGGUACAGGAUGAUACCGAAGGUGCCGCGAAAAUUUACGCGAUUAGCUCCGUAGACGGAAACGUGAUAUACCAUGUCAGCGAUAGCGUAGACGAAGAUAAAAAAUGGAGGAAAGGUAAGAAAAAGAAAAAAGCUAUAAAUCCUGUUAAAGUGAAGAGAAUAUUUGCCGUGACUACAUUAGCCGCCGGUGAAAAUUGCAAUCAGUACGUGACCGAAAGGAAUCAGUUUAUGAAGGAACUCGAGGUACCGCCAAGCAUAUCCGGUAAUCGAAAGAUUUCCGUAUUCGUUAAUCCUUUGUCGUUAAAUUGCAACGAGAAUUCGAAUGACUCGUUGACGGAAGACGAGUUGUUGCCUAGCACAAAGAAGACAAACAUAACGACAGAAUUAUUGAAAAAUGCCACCAGGUUCAAGAAGAUAGAUUUCGAUAAAGGUUCGACUGCUAGCUUGGACGAGAGUCUCUUCGAGUCGACGAAUUCCAGCUUAAAAACGAAAGACAAGAACGGAUUAAAGAAAUUGAACGGCGAAGUUGGCUCUUCGUUGGACUCCAUUACCAACAGCUUCGAUUCUAGCAGUCCUGAAGUCACUAAUAAACAAACGAAACCUAAGAAAGAUCCGGUUAUAAUGCCAGGCAGUUCUAGAGAAAUAGCAGGGACUAUUAUUAAGGGUAAAUACCAUAGUACAAACGAAUUCACAACAAAUUACGAUGUCCACGACGUCGGAAGUUUCGAGGCGAGCGUCGAAGUACCUAGUUGGACAAUGAACGAUGAAGAAUCCGAAUUGGAAGCCAGCACAACCGCGGAAGAAUAUUUUGGUAACUCGAGUAGUCAGACUAUAGUCGAGGAAAUUUUGAACGAAGUGCUCGAUCAAGUGAUGCAAUUAUGCGACGACCCUGAAACACCUAAAAACACUAACGAGUCUACGUAUCAGAAUGCAAAGACGGGUCGUAACUAUGGAGUCGGCGUUCAUAACCUUCAUUCGCAUAUGCUACUUUACUGUGGAGUCUACGACUCUACCAGAACAUUGUACGCAUUGCGUACUCUACGCAACGAACUUUUAACAAACACGAGAAUGUUCUUGUGCUGUGCUGCAACGACUGGUGUAACUAAUACGACCAAAAAUACAACAUUGUUAAACUUGUUAGCGAGACAUCGGAAAAGUGUGUUUGGAAGAAACUUUCACGGGGAUAUAGCAAAUACGGAAUUCAUAGCUGCUUACAGAAGCAGCAUGUAUUUAGAAGUUUUAAUUAGUGUGUGCCUUUAUUUUGCAAGAAGCUACUAUCCCAAUUUGGGACAGAUGAGACUCACGCAUGAAGAAAUUUCAGGGAAUCGACAGGUACAACUUGCGAGCGCAGAAUUAUUAACGCUAAUAUUUUCCGAGUUAAUUCCUAUUGUUCGUGACUCGGGAAAGGGUUUCAGUUGUUACAUUGUCGAUCUACUUACAAAAUGCAAAGUACAAAAGGUCGCGUUACACUGUCUCGUAUCUAGCGUCAUGAACAUGAAAAAUGCGCAUAAAGAAAACGAAGAAGUGUUUACGUUUACCGAAGAAAUAAUUUUGUUUAAUGAUCCGGUCACAGAUAGCGAUGUAAAUAAAUGCAAAUACAGGGCGAGCGAUCACACCGAGGCUUUUCAAAUACAAUUAUUGAGACUAUUGCUAGCUUUAAUCAUGUUGGAACAUCAAUGCAGUAACCAGAAAGGCGAAGAGAUAUGCCCACCAACUGCCCCAGCACCAAGUACACCAACAAAAACUGUUCCUAACAUCAUGGGAAAUAGCUUAAAAUAUAUACCCGGUGCACCAAUUCCACAACAACCGAUGUUCCUCGCUAGUAUACUUAGCGCUUUACAACUAGAUCAUAUGAGACACUUGCAUCAGUUUUGGACGACCCUCGUGACAUCGAGUCUUCCAUUUAUGGGGUCUUCGUUAACUGGAAUAGUGACAUCGGUCAUUCACCAAUUGUGUUGCAACAUCGAGCAUUUAGCAUCAUAUUACAUCAAUGAAGAUACGAUGACAAAGUUGGAGGACAUAAGUACCGUCGAGUGUUGCCUUCCCGCGGAUUAUACAGUCACGCAUCUAGAAGCUUUAACAUUUUUACUUCAUUACUGUUUAUUGGAUACGACGCAGCAAAUAGGCUUUUCAUUUAACCAGCCUUUGAGCGGCACGAUUCAAACUGGAAUUCCCGGGGCGAAUCCAGGACAGAUAUUCAAUAAUCUGAUUCACGUAUUUAUGCCGAGCCCACUUUCUCCGGAUCUAACCGCACCGAAGGAUAUAAAUGGCGCUAACGAGCUGCUGCAACAUGCUAGAAGAACCGCUUUGAGUCAUCUGCCACGAAUAAUUGCAUCUCUUUCUACCCUUUGGCAAGCAGUUCUGGUAACGAAAGACAAUGAACAGGCGAGUUGUGUAGUGGGUAGCCCAAGAAUAGUAAAGCAUCAACUUUUAGAACUCUUAUCUCCUAUAUCUUUUCAUCAUGGAGUAAACUUUUUGGCUGCCAUUGCUGUUGCUUGGCACGAAAGGCGACACCCUUCUAGCAAUUCGAAAAAAGUCCUACCGGAAGCUUGUCCAAAUCAGCAAGUUAUGGUUCACUUGGUAAGCGCGAUUCGCGUGAUGCCUAUCGAUACUUUGGUCCAAACUGUGCAUCAAGUAGUAAAGACACCGCCUCCUAUCCAUGGGGUGAAACAAGAUUUUUCGUUGGAAGUUUCCGUGUUAGAAUUACUUUAUGUAUACAUGCAAAGUAACACGUCUCAGUCUCUUAUCGAAUCUUGGACAUCUUUGCUGGGUUUGCUUAAGGACGGCCUAUCGUUAACAGCGCCUGCUCAAUUUCUUUUAUUAGCAAUCUUGAACGAAUAUGUGCAGAAAUGUCCUCCUAUGCAGGAGAAGAAAGAUAUACGGGAUUUACAGGAUGUGUCGGCGAAGUUGGUCGAAUCAUGCUCGCAAAUAGCCGGAGCAUGUUUAGAACAAACAACGUGGUUACGAAGAAACUUGGCAGUAAGAGAAGACGCCUUCGAGGUCGCUGAAGGAUCUUCGGAAGGUAAAGAAGGCAAAACCGGUGCUGUGACGCCUGGUGCUCCUCCUAACGCAGCAUUCAGCGUUCAAGCACAAGCUGUGUUGGCAGAAAUAUUAGCACCGUUAUUGGAUGUUAGUUAUGGUUCUCAAGAGAAGGAACGCGUAGUAACGUUGUUAACCAAUCUUAUGUAUAAUGUUACGCCGUAUCUGAAAAAUCACUCGACAAAAAAUAUUGCCUCCUUCACGGCUUGUUCUCAGUUACUGAGUUCCUUAUCUGGCUACCAAUACACGAGAAAAGCAUGGCGCAAAGAUGUAUUGGAUCUUUUACUAGAUUCUGCCUUCUUUCAAAUGACACCAGCUUGUUUACCGUAUUGGAGGACUAUCAUAGAUAAUUUAAUGACACAUGACAAUACAACCUUCCGGGAUCUAAUGAAUCGCGUUUCCAUGGCUCAAAGUAGCAGUAUCAGUAUAUUCUCCUCAAAGGAGCAGGAGUACGAACAGAAGGCUCAACUUUUGAAAAGGCUAGCAUACGUAAUACUUUGCAGUGAGAUGGAUCAAUAUCACAAGUACAUGCCUGAAAUUCAAGAACGAUUAGCAGACAGCCUACGACUGCCACAAGUGAUACCGUCUAUUCAGGCACAAGUCUUUCUUUGUUUUCGAGUGUUACUUUUAAGAAUGUCACCGCAACAUGCUACUUCCUUGUGGCCAGUAAUUGUUAGCGAGCUUGUUCAAGUCUUCCUAUAUAUUGAACAAGAAUUGAAUGCAGACAGUGAGGAAUUCAGUCGUCAUGGCAGUUCACACAUAAAACUGCUCUCAGCUUUGGAUUCUUCUUGGGCUGUAAAUGCCAGUAACGGACUCCAAGCACACGGCCAUCCGCAUUGGUUGCAAUUACAACUAGCUGCUGCAAAAUUGUUGGAUCUAGCGUUACUUUUACCCGCGCAUAGGCUUCCACAGUUUCAAAUGUAUAGAUGGGCAUUUGUCGGAGAUUCGGCAGCGGGAUGUAUGGAUAACAAUAACCUGUCUUCUGAUUUUGUACCGCACAUUACGAGAAUAGCAAAAUUGAUGGAUAGCAAGUACAAACAAGAUCAGAAUUCUACAAAAGCAACACCUGGUGAACUUCUUUUAACUUCGAACAACAUUCGUUCGUUGCAAGAUCUACAUUAUUUUUUUACGACGCUUAGCCGCAGGUCGAGCGAUUCACAAGCGCCGUUAAAUAUCACACAGUUAGAAACAGUGAUCGAACAAGACUUUCUUGAGAAGAUGCCAGCCGCAAGGUAGUAGGAAUAUACUUUCAACAAUGUAGACAAGCGACAUUUGAACGACAAAGGUGGAAGAAGCAUCUAAACACCUUUUAUUCUUUGAUAUCUUUUUAAAUGCACGAAUGCGAACCGUUAAUGAGACGUACGAAAAAUUAAAACAUAAAAAAAAAAAAAAAAGAAAUGAACGGAAUUCCGUUGAAAAGAACAAUGUUCGAUUCUUGUUCGAUUCUAUGCGGUUUCAUCAUAAACUUGUUCAUCGCAAAUUAAGUAACAUAAAGGUAUCUGUAACAUAUAGUAAUAUUUUAUGUUAAGUAAUAUGUUAUGUAAUAUGUUUGAUUUAUUAGCUAAGCUUCUAACUUGUCUCCUCAUUCGGUUGUGAAUAGUUAUCAAAAUAUACGAGACGCCAGGUUUACCUGGCCGAAUUAUAUAUCUGUAGAAAAUAUGUACAGUGUAACAUAUUUUAUCGAAACUGUUAUUUUUCAACUGUUUUUGAAGUUAUCCGUUUCGUGUUUAUUAUACGCAUCCCUCUUUCCUGGUACCGUGUAGUUUUAGAGGGAUAGCGAUGCAGUAUAUAUGUAUAUAAUAUAAGAAAGCGAAAUCUUU